CACACACACAGUGUCACGCGGUAGUGAGUCAGUGUGGGUGUGACCAGCCUCGCUUUCAGUCUCUCUCUCUCUCUUUGACACUGUGACUGCACUCAGGAACCUUAAACCAGUUUCUGUUCUGGUUCUGGUGUAGACAACAUGAAAAUGCAGACCCAGAACCCAGCAGCCUCUCCGGUCCAGAUCCAGAAACCUGUGAUCCCGAAGGUCCGAUACCACCCGAGCAUCCAGACCCAGACACCUGGAGCCGGAGCACCAGCCAAAACCAGAACCAGAGUCAGAAACCGUAAGGCGGUCCAGCAGAACCAGGACACUGACAAGCCGACCCCUCACGUUAAUCCAACCCCUGCUGUGAGACCAGGUCCUGCUGUGAGACCAGGUCCUGCUGUGAGACCAGAUCCUGCUGUGAGACCAGGUCCUCCUGUGAGACCAGGUCCUGCUGUGAGACCAGGUCCUCCUGUGAGACCAGAUCCUGCUGUGAGACCAGGUCCUGCUGUGAGACCAGAUCCUGCUGUGAGACCAGGUCCUCCUGUUAGACCAGGUCCUGCUGUGAGACCAGGUCCUCCUGUGAGACCAGGUCCUGCUGUGAGACCAGAUCCUGCUGUGAGACCAGGUCCUGCUGUGAGACCAGGUCCUGCUGUGAGACCAGGUCCUGAUGGGGGACAGAACCAGAGAGCUACUACAGAUCCACCUCAGCUCUCUGACAGACCUCCUCCCAGACCACAGCAGUUCCCUCCAGGUCUGGGACUACAGGUGGACCAGUCUGUGGUGGAGGAGGUGGAGGUUCUGACCCGUGGACAGAGUACCAAUGAGGACUGGUUCACCUGGAGGAAGAACCGGAUCACAGCCUCACUGGUUCACCGGAUCGCUCACUGCCGCUUCGUCUACGGCAAGAACAAAACCCCGCCCACCUCCUACCUGGCUGCUGUCACGGGUGAGGGUCAGAGGGUCCAGACCAGAGCCAUGAGCUGGGGGAUUCAAAUGGAGGCCGAGGUGGUCCGCAAGUAUGAGAGACUGAAGAGUGCUGCGCUGGGUCGGUCAGUCUCGGUUCAGGAUUGCGGUCUGUUCAUUGACGCUCAGCGGUCCUGGUUGGCUGCGAGUCCUGAUGGCAUUGUGACGGACAGCCGGACCGGCCAACGGCUGCUGUGCCUGGAGGUGAAGUGUCCCUACAAACACAGACACAGACGAGUGGAGGACGCCUGCAGGGACGACGCUGCCUUCUGUCUGGAAAUACAGGGAGAGGACGGACGGCAGCCCGGAAAGCCCCCGGUCUACCGUCUGAAGACGUCUCACAGUUACUUCACGCAGAUCCAGUGCCAGCUGGCGGUGACGGGCCUGCAGCAGGCCGACCUCACUGUCUUUACCCUGAAGGAGACGGCCAUUGUCCCUGUGACCUUUGACCCUGACCUGUGGGAGGAGACGGUGUCCAAGCUGGAGGUGUUUUACAGGGACGCUGUCCUGCCUCACCUCAGAGAGAAGACACGGCAGGACGCAGCAGCAGCCUGGACACCAGAGCCGUAGAGACACUGUGGUGACCUCUGACCUCUGAGAGAACAUCCUCCAGAGCAGGUCAGAUGUGCAGCAUCCGUUACCAUGACGAUAUAACCAGGUUAAAACUACAGACAACCAUCUGUAGGUCUAUUACUGACACGUUACAAACACAAAAUGGCCGUUUAAACAGGAAGUGGACAUAUUUCUGCUCCCAGUGGGCCGAUAUAGGAUUAACAUAUUGGACCUCAAUAACCCCAAAACCUCCUAUAUUGUCCCAAUCAGCCAAUCAGCUGCUGAGAUAUCGUCCAUAUAGCUGAUUAUUGAUGCUAAUGAUGCUAAUUGUCCAACAUAUGCAGGUUAGUAUCAGUCAGUGUGACAGCUGGAGACCCAGACUGAACAGUUCUAACAUUUCUGGGUUCAUAAUGUGGAAAUAUUGUCUAAAAACUGACAUUGUUUUUAUUAUAUUUUUAUAAUUAUGUAAUGAAUUAAACUGGAAUAACUAUUCAGUGGAUAUUAAAUUGUUUUAACUGCAUGUUCCGUCUUUGUGGGAGUUUUUCGUUGAUCUUUUGUGACGUUGUUGACUGUUAUUAACAGGAUGUUAUUAACAGGAUGUUAUUAACAGGAUGUUAUCAGAGUUGGGAGGGUUAAAAUACUAACUACUGUUUGAACAAUCCCAAUAUUAAGUAACUUGACUACUUUCUGUAACUUUUAGAUUACCUUAACACCAAAUAUGCAAAUGAAGACCAGAAAAUAAAAGUCAAUAAUAGGUAUUGAUGAUUUUAUAAACAGAACAAUAAAACUUCUGAUUGUGAAUUUUUGAAUUGUAACAUACAAGCAGUAAUGGAUUACCUUUGUUUGUACCCUGAUUACCUCCCCGAGCCAGCUGUUACUGUAAGUAAACCGGGUUCUGUUACAGUCAGUAAUCUGGAUUCUCUCUAAAAGUGUCUUAAUUAUUGUUUGUUGUAUUCUGAGUGGAGCUGCAUAUUGAUGAGUUACUUUGUUCGGUGACGUCGUUUAUUUUUUAUAUUUGUUUAAAUUCUUUUUACAUCCUGACAGAAAUCAAUAAAUCAAUAAAUCAAUAAAUCAAAUCCUCUGAAAAACAGAAGUAAACUGAGGUUGUUUUCCUGAACUGUGUGAAUAAGACAGGAAGUAGUUGUUCAGGUACGUUUGAGGGGAGGGGCAAGGAUUUCUUUGAUACUUUCAAAAUAAAAUAAAGUCUACCCGUCUCUGACCUUUGACCUCUGAACCGCUCCCUGCUUUACUCAUUCUUGUUGUUAAUAAACUUUAUUGAUCAGG